AUGGCCAUGGCCGAAACUGCAGCCCAGCCGCAUGACCAGCCGGGUCGGCUGGGCCGUCGACGGCCCUUUUCCGCUUUGAUGAAGAAGUUGGCGAACUUGAAAGCGACGUCUUCGAGCGACGGAGGCCGACAUUCCAACUCGAAACGACACGGUACCAAAAAGCCUCUGAACAACCCAUACCCACAGUCGGGCCGCAUCGCCAUCGCCAGUUCCCCGCAUCAUAGCCACUACUCGGUAUCCUCAGGGCCAAGCCGGAGGUUGACAAGCGUUACAUCUCUCGACCGAGCCGAUUCCGUACAGCUGUCACAUGACGGUCAACCGCCUCCAACAACAGGCGGCCGCUCGAUGGCGCCGACGUAUAUCGAACCGAACAAGGGACAUGCCGCUCCGAUAAUCGCGCCUGCUCACGGUGAUACGUCAGUGGCAGGCACAAGCAGAACAGCGAACGGCCGGAGAGGCGGUGACAGCACCUUCUCUUCCCCCGCACCGUCCGUUCGAUCUCUCACAACGACACUUACGACAAUACAAACAGUCGCCCCAGCUACCGGCAACAAUAACCAAACAACCACGAACCAACACUCCCACAAUUCCAACUCGCAAGUAAUCCAUUUCAACCAACCCUUCCCAACCGGUUCUCCGGCAUCCGCAAUCCCAGCCCACCUAGCCAGCGGUACCACCGGCGCCUCCAGCCCAGCCACUUAUCACACCGCAACGGCCAACAAUCUCCUCACAGACAAUGCGUCCAUCCUCACCCUCGCGUCCUCCUCCAAGCGCCGCCGCCGCCGCUCUUUCGACACGGACGCUUCGGUACGCGCGUUGGCCCCCUCCUCCCUUUGGGGAGGCAGCCGAGAGUCGCUCCCGCUCAGCGUGCUCUCCGCCACCAUGGAUGGGACAGUCGGCGGCCCGACAACACCGGGCCUGCACCGCGGCGCGAGCUCUGGCAUGGGCGGGAUCGGGGCGAACGAGCGGACGAGCAUCUACUCUGCUACGGGGAUCCUGGGGACUACUGCGGCCAGCGAGCGGAAUAGCUUCUACGCGAAGCAGGGCUAUGGGAGCGGGGACGGGGCGAGCGUGCGGAGCGGGCUGUUUGGCCACGGGCGGGCGGAUAGCGUGGCGGGGAGUAUUGGUGGCGGACUGGCCGUGCCGCCUUCGGGGACGAGUCCGUUGGCGAGCCCGAGAGAAGGGGUUGAAGAGGAGAAGGAGCUUGAACAGGAGAAGGUGGAGGCGGAGAAGGAGAAGAACUAA